GAAAUAGCUUGUUAACUAUUAUAUAGCCGAAGAACAGCAUUCUGACCUCUCCCCUGUGACUUCCUGGUCUUAUAAAUACAAGGGCAGAGCUGGGGUCCUGUGAGCCCAGGAGUCCUCAGGCCAGCUCUGACUGCCCACCGGGAGGAUGAAGGUUUCCGGGGCUGCCCUUGCCUUCCUCAUCCUCGCUGCUGCCCUUGGAUCCCAGGCCCGCGUCAUACAUGAUACAGAGACAAGAGAAUUCAUGAUGGAAAAUCUUCAGCUUGAAUCUUCAGUAAUGAAUCAUGGCUUUGCACUUCCUGCUGACUGCUGCUUCUCCUACACCCCAAGAAGCAUCCGGUGUUCAGUCAUGAGAGAUUAUUUUGUAACCAGCAGUGCGUGCUCCCAGCCGGGAGUCAUCUUCCACACCAAGAAGGGACAACUUGUCUGUGCCCACCCCAAUGGUGGAGGAGUUCAAGAUUGCAUGAGAAAACUGAAGUCCUACUCUGUGUCCACAGGCCCAGGAAUAAUGACAGUUUCUUGAGGAAAAGGGACAAAAAGGGCCAGCUACCCCAUCUCCAACUCUCUUGCCCCAACACUUCCUGUGAGUUUCUUGGCUUGAAUUACUUUAAAAAAGUAUUGUUCUGUUUUCAUUGUAAAAGUAAUACAUCUAAUAAAGAAUAUUCAAUUUUAA